AUGGAAACUAGUUACUGGACAGAUGCCCUGUGCUUGCACCGGAGCUACGCCGCUCGCAGAGUUUUUUUAGCCCGACAUUUCCUUUGUUCAAUCAUCCUUGAUUCUUCACCCCCUCAACUGCGCCCCUCAUUUUCAACAUCUCAAGCCAUGGCAAAUCCCGAAUUUAUUUAUUGCACUAUCUGCGGCAUGACCUUACUUGAUGAUGCCUGUGUCGUCUAUUCUGGUCCUCACUGGCCCGGUGCCGAUUUUCAUUCUAAGAAAGUCUCGGACCAAGAACUUACUCGCUACGAGGCCAUGGCCGAAAGCCAAUACGGCAAAGCAAUACUUUCUACUGGCCAUGUGACCUAUCCUCCAGAGGCAUAUGACGAACUCAGGCGGAGUGAAGAUCUUCCAGACGGUGUCGCUCCAGCAAAGAUGUAUAUUGCUAUUCAUCCAGCUUGUGAAGACGUGGCCAAACGAGCCAUCAAGACUUUAUCCACUGCCAAGAUCCGCUCUAUUGGUGAUCUUUGGUUGGCUUUGGAACGUCGUUGUGCCGGUUAUCUCAACUGGGCCUGGCAACAGGAAGCCAUGGGACGUGAUAUCAGAUUUAUUCCCUUCAUUCCCUAUAAUGCGAUUGAUGAGCCUGGCCUUCAUGGUUAUUAUGCCCCCCUUUAUUGCCUUAUACACACUGGCGAUGAAUGGGAAGGAUGGUGGGAUGAGAACCCUGUCGACAUUCCCAACUUGACCACAGAAUUGAUGUCAAACCUCGAGAGACUUGAACAUAACCCGACCCCAAAGCUUAAAGAACUCUUGGAACUUUCUCCAAACGAGAUCGAGAACCACAUACACAGCUUUGUGCAGGACGGAGAAUUCUCGCUUGAUUGCAACUAUCUCAUGCCUCAGUCCAUGUGGGCCCAAGUAUUUUUCCGUAUUCCCUUCCUCUGGGAUCUUGACAUCGAUACUGUAUAUCGAAAGACCGGGUCGAGCAAGGAUGAUCUGGAGAGUUGGAAUUGGGAGAAGCUCACGAGGCAGGUUAUGAGCCGCGUCGAGGUAUCGCAUGACGUUAGGCCCUGGGUUGAUGAUGAGGAGGCAUGGGAUUAUUCGGAUGUUGGGUUAAAUGUUCCUGGCGGUUUUACCAAUCGCCGGAGAAUUUGGCAAAUUCUGGAAGAACUGCAUCCAGAUGUGGCGCUUUGGAGGCACAAGGAUUUAUUCAGCGACCCUGCUGAAGAAAAUGAUUGUCUUUCCUUGGCUACCGGAUAUUGA